AUGGAAAAAAGGGACUUUCUGCGGGAAGCUCAGCGUCGUGUUCUGGAUAAUGAUGCUCGAAAGCGUCGCCUACGGAAGACCCUCGAAAUUCUUGAGCAGGACAAUCACGUCGAAGAGUCUCAGAGUGACACUAAAACCACUAAAAAGCCGAAAUUCGAGGAUGUAAGUUCAAUGUCUCCCCAUAUGUUAUCUUGCAGAACAGCUUUGUGCGUUUUGUUGCUUCACUUGCAGGAUGACGCCAUUGGCCACACCAAACGCAAACGUCGAACAAUCAUCGGUCGAGCCAAGUUUAGAAAAACAUUUGAGUUGCUACUAGAUGAGGAGUAUCAGAAUACCAAAGGAGGGCAGGUGGGCGCCUCGUACUUCACUGCGGCAGUGCCCGAUAGCCGUUUUCCGCCACGAAAGUUCUGCUCCGUUUGUGGGUUCCCUGGGUUGUACGUGUGCGUGGUUUGUGGAACGCGGUAUUGCAGCAUAAAAUGUCGCGAUGUGCACAAUGACACUCGAUGUCUCAAAUGGGUUACCUAG